AUGAAGAAGUUAAGCUCAUCUCAUUCGUCGACAUGCUUUUUGAGGGUCAACUGGCCAGCAUCCUCUUCUUCCAGAAAUGUAACCACAUGCCACAGAUCCGACGAAGACCACCAUCAGCUAUCAGCAGCUGCCCUCUAUUCCCUGACUUUCAAGACCGAGGCUUCACCACCUGAGUCCGGUCUCCCUGCGCUUUGCUACACCCUCGUCCUUAAUGACGACACCCAAUUCCAACCCCACGAACCACGACGACUGUUCCCCGCUUCCGCAACGUCCAAGCAGUUCACCCACGCUGCCUUGAUCAACCACAGCAGAGACAGAAUAUCUCUGCUAAGACGUUGGGUCAGGACCACCAAAACCAUUCCAUUCCCUCGUCAACCCUAUUCCGCACCCUCAUCUGCACCGCCAUCAUCACGCAGUGCCAUGCAUGGUACAUGGUGGACGAUCAUCGUCUAUCGGAGUAGGAAGAUCGGUAUCGACAGUUGGACCUGGCAGUUUUGCAUAGAGCAUUGGAGGUGUUGGAAGAUCGAGAAUGGGUUGGAUGUGAAAGGGAAUGGGUCGAGGGAUGGGGAGGAGGAGUUACGUGAUGGAAGCGGGGGAGAAGAUCAUGAAACAAAGGCGAGGGUGCCAGAAGAUCAGACAACGGCGACGCUCGACCACCAGAAAUGUGCUCUCACACACGCUCUUCCCCCGCUGUCCCCUCCAGGGCCUCCACCUGUACACAUACCAACGUCCAUGUCCACGCCCACGUCAACGUUCCCCCUUCCUAACACGACGGAUGACGUGGCGUCUUCGACGACCUCAACGGACGAUACCCCAGACGUCACCUCUUCCGCUGCUACGAGCGUUGAGUAUUUUGAGAUGAAAAGCGAGGCGUCACUUGGACCGGACGACUGCGCCGCUCGAUGGGACGACAACAUCACCUUCAGACGCACUCACCCGCUCCUCAUCGGCGUCUGCUGCCUAUCCUACCAGGCCAUUGGCUACCAGCAAUGGCCCGCUGAGCAACCACCCUUGUCCAAUGGUGUCGGAUCAGCUCGACAGACCAAAACCUGGCUACUGCCAGCUCGGGGUCGUUAUCUAUCCCACUGCUGCAAAGGCAUCACAAUAGCUGACUGCGUCGACCACUUCGAAUAUGUCACCUUGCCCGUGUACCACAACAUGAAAAGCGAGGCGUCACUUGGACUGGGUGGGAUGCCUAUUUCUGCAAUUCAGACGACCGCUCCGCUCGAUGGGACGACAGUGUCGAUAUCACUUCCAGACGCACUCACCCACUCUUCAUCAGCGUCUGCUGCCUAUUUUACCGGGAAAUUGGCCACCAGCAACGGCCCGCUGAGCAACUUUGUAGUUGUCGCUCCUAGCCCACGGAUCGGCUCAAUAUACCUGAAUCAGGCUACUGCCAGCUCGAAGUUGCAUAAUAGGCGCAAGGACACGUUCAACAAUGCGACUGAUGACGAUGAGAGUUCUGGGAGCGAAAAUGAGAGGGAUCUGUGUCGGGCGACUCGUUCAUCUAACGCCACCUACGGAGACCGGGUGACGUCAACAGCUGACUGCGUCGACCAUUUCGAAUAUGUAGCCUUCCCCGUCUACCACAACCCGCACCCGCAACAAAGAAGAAACUCUUUGGGGUUCCAGCAAAUCGCAAAGACGGACUCAAUGGUUCUCUCAUGA